AUGGCCAACUUAUGGCACGCUUAUUUUGACAGAACCGACGCGGAAGAUUGGAAUAUUUUGCAAUUUUAUGUAGAGUGGAUCCAGGAUAACGAAAGGAAUCCAGUAAACCUGGCUUACGAUAAGUCUUCGGACAAACUUGCGAAAAGUCUCCGUACGAUUGUUAAUACUUGCACAGACAACAAGAAAAUUACGAAAGCAAAUAGCCUUUUGGCUGUUAUUAAACAAGGAGGCGUGGCUGUUAGCUAUUUCUCUGAUGGGCUGUUAGCUCGUUGUAGUCACUGGUUUAUCAGUGAUUCCAUGGAAUCUUACUCUAUGGAUCUCGAGUAUGACGGUUUAUACCGUUCCUGGCCAUUCCUCACUACCAGGCUGGUAGUUGACAAGACCAUGAUUCCGCUUGCAGGAGUCGCGAUCCAUCAUUUGAUAUCUUUAGAGGAGCAUGUUGAACGGAUCGCAAAGGAUUUUAAAUAUAGAACAUGUCGUAGUGACAUUACUACACCAACCGAACAAAUGUCUUUUACGCGUAAAUUUCUGGACUCGCCACAAUUAAAGAAAUUGAUUGAUUCGUUAAGUUUUUAUUAG